AUGGAAUCAAAAGGAGUUCAAAUCCUCGGAAUUUGGGGCAUGAGUGGCAUCGGUAAAACAGCCAUUGCACGUGUUGCAUUUGAGAAAUUCUCUUCCCGCUAUGAAGGCUCUUACUUUUUAGACAAUGUGAGAGAAGAAUCACAAAAGCAUGGGCUGAAAUCUUUAAGAGAGAAACUUAUUGCUGAACUGCAAGAGGAAAAAUCCACUUUCAUCCGUAGAAAGCUUAUUAGACGAAGAAAAGUUUUAGUUGUGCUUGAUGAUGUGGAUGCUCCAGAACAACUACGGCAUCUAGUUACAGAAGGAUUUCACUGGGGACCUGGUAGUAGAGUUAUUGUAACAAGCCAAAACAAGCAAGCACUGAUUGCUGGAGGAGUUCCUGCCAAUUUCAUACAUGAGGUCAAGAAAUUGGACUUUGAAGAAUCCCUUAAUCUUUUCAGCUUAAAUGCCUUCAACAAUAGCCAUCCCGGAAGGGGAUACAAAGAACUUUCAAAACAGGCUGCUGCUUAUGCCGAUGGCCUUCCUCUAGCUCUAAAAGUUUUGGGCUUACAUCUUUGUUCUUGUGAUAGAGAAACAUGGAAAAGUACAUUGGGAAAACUUGAGAUGUAUCCCCAUCCUCAAAUUCAAGAUGUGCUAAAAAUGAGUUUUGAGGGAUUAGAUGAUGUAGAAAGGGACAUAUUUCUUGACAUCGCUUUCUUCUACAAAGGAGAAGAUAAAGAUCAUGUCAAGAGGCUACUUGAUGCCAAUAACCUUUUUGCUGCUGACGGAAUAAAAGGACUUCUGGAUAAAGCUCUUAUAUCCAUUUCAAAUGACAAUGUAAUACAAAUGCAUGACUUAAUUCAAGAAAUGGGUUGGGAAAUAGUUCGGCAAGAAUGCAAGGAAAAUCCUGGAAGACGUAGUCGGUUGAAGGACUUUGAGGAAGUGUAUGAUGUGUUAAAAAAUAAUAAGGGAACUGAUGCCAUUAAAGGCAUAGCGUUAUAUGCUUCUCUCUUUAAAGAUGUACGGUUGAAUGUUGACACCUUCAAAAAUAUGACUAAUCUCAGAGUCGUCAAGUUUUACUCUUCUUGGCAUGUGAGAUGCUGUAAUGUGCACCCUCCAACAAGUUUUUUGUCGUUCUCUGAUGAGCUGAGGCGCCUAAAGUGGGAUGGAUACCCACACCCAUAUCCUGAGAAACUUGUUGGGCACUCUAUGCCCAACAACCAUGUUGGGAAACUUUGGAAACUAGUGCAGGAUUAUGUGAAUUCUAAGAGAAUGAGCCUUGACAGCUCCAAACAAUCAAUGGAGUUGCUUGAUUUCACAAAGGCACAGAAAACUGAAUGGGAGGAUAUGUGUUCUUGUCAAGGUUUUUGUAACGUCAAUUCACAUAUCCUGUCUCUUUCCAUGAUUGCUGCUGUGAAUUUAGUUCGCUCCAAAGAUUCAAAGAAACAUCACAGUGAGAGUAAUUUCAGAUCUCUUAUAAACUUUGAUGUCGGUUUAUGCUUUAGUGUCAGGGUAUUUUCGUCGUCAUCAAAAGAAAUAUCAGAGCUGGAUUUUGUAACUUCAAAAUUUGAAAUAUUGUGCUCAUCAUCAGUUAGGGGUGUCAGUGAGCUAAGAAGGAUCACACAUGGUGAUUCAAGACCAGAGAUUGUUCCCCUAAAUGAGUUGUGUUGCCUGAGAUUUUUUGAAGAGCUUAGUCUCUCUGAUUGCAGACAAAUGAAUCAAAGCCCAGAGCUGCGCAUCCUAUUUGACGCCUUACUUUAUUUACGAGAGCUAUUUAUGAAUGGAUGCAGCGUCUUCUUUAAAUCCCCUCAUACUAUUUGCACCUCUUCAUCAUUUAAUUAUUUGACGGAUCUAUGUAUACAACAAAGUCAGGCACCAGCGCGGCAUUUUGCCUCAUUUCCCCUCAAGUCAGGGGAGCUUGUACUCGUCACGGUAGCAUUUAAACGGGCAGUGGAUCUUUUGGCUUUGUCUGGGCAUGUCCUUUACGAUCAUGAUUCCUCUUGUGCGAUAGGGAAGGUGAACGGAAACCAAUUCUUUAUUAGAGGACCAUAUAUAUCAAGGAGCCUGAUUCGGUGUCCAUCAGUAUCAUCAUGGUUGAGGUAA